UUAGCUGAUCCUGACCUCGAUGCCGCCCUGCCGAGAGCCCCCCAGCUGAUUCAACAGCCACCAGCGCUAACAAACCCACCUCCAUAUCCUGAGCCAGGGACUUCAUCGCUAACAUCAAAGCCGUCUCUAUAUGACGAAUCAAGACGAUAACUGGAGGCAAUAACCUCACCAGUGGCUCAUCGCACUCGAAGUCACACCACUACAAGGCCAUCUGCAGAGCCUGAGGCAGGCUGUGCCCCGCAGUUCCUGAUGGUGGAGGUGUCUGGACCAGAUGGAGUAAUUAUGGUCCAUCGCCACUGGACUGCAGACGACAUCAUGAAAGCGGCCGACGGAAGGGGCAACCCAGGCGAUACGACAUUUGUGCAGUCCUGCAGACCAACUCAGGCUGAAUUGAGACGAUUGCUGAUGAUUCGACUCGGACCGCAGUGUAACCGCAUUGACAGAGACUGGGUGGAUGGAGAUGAGUGGAAUGCAACGCCCCAAGGCCAGCUUGACUCAAAUGGCCCAUACAGAGAGAUGAUAAGAGGACUCAUCGAAAGGGUGAAAGCAGCAUACCCGACAACUAUUAACACCGAUAUGAUAGCAGCAUGCAAACAAAGGGAUGACGAGCCCGUGGCUGAUUUCCUCGUCCGUUUGACACGCGUCCAUACUGAUCAUUGUGGAAUUGAUGCACCAGCACAACGUGCAGCGGGCCCCGGAGAAGUGGGGGCGUGGGAAGCUCAUCUGAGAAAUAGCUUCCUUAUGAAUAUGAGAAAGGACAUUAGCGACCUCAUCAGAAAAAACUGCAUCGGUUAUAGUCGAGCCCCUUUGUCAACUAUUGAAGAACACGCCAAGCAUCAUGAAACUACUCUGGGUAAGAAGGAUGCUAGACGGGAGCGCCAGCGUGCCGACAUCACCCACCAGGCGAUGCUGACCAUGCUCCAAAAAGUAGGAGACAGAGGAAGAGGUCGUGGAUGUGGCAGAGGACGCGGACGCGGACGAGGGAGAGGAAGAGGUCGAGGAAAAGAGUUUGGAGGAAGGGAAUGCUACAAUUGUGGAAAAUUCAGACACUUUGCAAGAGAUUGUCCUGAAGAAGAAGGGGAAGAUAGUGACAGCACGGCUGUGGAAGUUAAAAAAGACACGGGCGGAGGAGAGGCAGGACAGCGACGGGCCACUGAAGGAAGACGGCAAAAGGGAAGAGAGCUGUUAUUCCCGAAAUCUGGCAAUCCUAUAGGCAACAUGAACUCUGGAAACCCAUAGCAGUUGAGGAUACAAUGAAGACGGAGUACAUAUCCAGCCCCUAAA